UUAAACAUGGCGACCUCCAGGAAAGUGAAGCACGUUGUUGCUGACACGGGAGCGUUUAUUCGGAACGCGCCACUCCGUGACAUUGGUGAACAGAUUUACAGCCUGCCUGAUGUUGUCGGAGAAAUUAAGGAUAAAGCCACCAAACAGCGCCUACAGUUUCUUCCCUACAAGCUCGAGUACAGGGAACCAUCUGCUGAAUCCGUGAAAAUAGUGACAGAGUUUUCCAAGAAGACUGGAGAUUACCUGAGCUUGUCAGCUGUUGACAUCCGAGUCCUUGCACUCGCUUAUCAGCUAGAGAAGGAACAUGUGGGGACGACGCACAUCAAGACAUCACCGGACACAAAGACGGAGAUUAAUCUCUCCACUCCAGCUUCCAAUGAGCCUGCACAGAUUGCUGGCUUCUACCUUGGAACACAGAGUGAGACACAGUCUAGGAGUACAUCGGAGAGCAUCGAUGAUGUGGCUGCAACACUGGAGAAACAAAACAUUGCAGAUGUACCGUCUGAUGUCAAACAUUCAUCUCCAUCCCACAGUGAAGUGACUUCGCAUGCACAAAAGACAUGUGUUGCAGUAAAUGAUGCAUGUUCUGAACCCACACAGGAGACUGACAAGAGUGACUUCCCAGCUCUGUCGAGAGAUCCUCUCCCCUCAGACACAAAACCGAGAACUGCCAUUGAAACGAAGUCUGUCCAGCACAUCUACAGCGAGGUGCGGGAUGACUCCACAUCUGGCUGCCUUGUGAACAAGCUGGAGAAUGAGGAGGAGUUUCCCAGCCUCUCACGGGACCUUGGUGGCCAUUACCGUAAUGACUCAGAAGUGAUAUGUGACACAGGGGCCACAAACGGCUUGCUGAAAGAUAGUCAGGCGACAAGUGAAGUCCCUCAAGUGUUUAUUGAGGUAAGGGAUAACUCGAGUGAGGACAAGCAGCCCUUGGUUGACGAAGGUGAAUAUCCUUCAUUAUCCUCAAAUCAGGUUGAUUCACUGUCAGAGACGUCCAUCAGUGCUGGUACAAACACAGUUUCAUAUGCAAAAAUAAUCCAAGAUGGACAAGCCAAAGUUCAGGUGAAACCUGCAGCAGUUCGAGUAUUUAAGGAAGGGCAGGUGCUGCCAAGUAGUUUGAUUCAAGAGGAAGUGGAAGGUGAAGAGGAGGAGGAGGAGGAGAGUGAGGAGGAAGAAGAAAGUGAGGGGGAGGAUGGAGAAGGGUGGAUAACUCCGUCCAACAUCAAGGAGGUGAAGAAGCAGAUGGGUGGCGGUGAUGCUGAGAGGGCAGAAGUCACUGUUGGAUGUCUGACUACAGACUUUGCCAUGCAGAAUGUGUUAAUCCAGAUGGGUUUGAACGUGGUCUCAGUUGAUGGAAUGCUUAUCAAGAAAGCCAAGAGUUAUGUACUUCGGUGUUUUGCCUGCUUCAAGAUUACGUCAAAAAUGGAGAAAUUGUUUUGUCCCCAGUGUGGCAACCAUACACUGAAGCGUAUCGCAAUGACUGUGCAGGAUGAUGGCACCGUCAAGUACUUCUUCUCCAGGAGGAAGAAGCUCUCCACAAGGGGACUAAGGUAUUCAUUACCAACCCCAAAGGGAGGUAAGCACGCCCAAAACCCCCUUCUUGUGGCUGACCAACCGUUUCCUCAUCAGCGACCUACAAAGAAAUCUCUCAAGUCGAUGGAUGUAUUUGACCCAGACUUUAUGGCUUCGGAAUCACCCUUCUGUCGGAAUGAUGUCACAAGUAGAGCUGCUCAACUCGGUAUAAUGCGCCAAGGUCAGAGCGGCAGGAGGCGGCAUCAAGUUGGAGUCAAGAAGAGUACAGGGAGACGGAAAUAGCAUGUCCUGAUUCAGAUUGAAUAAAAUGUGAUAUUAUCUGA